AUGCAAACAAUUCCCGGCGGGCACUCUGACUUGGCGGCGGCGGCGGCGUUUGCGGUGGCUAACACGGCGUCUUGGUUUCUUUUACGGGUUUGGCAUCAUUCAAUGUCUGAGGAGGGCUUCUGGGAAGGGUUUCCACACAGGGAUACGGGAGUUCAUAUUUGGCUCUGCAAAAGCAGAGAUAUCAGAAGGGGGCGGGAUUCAGUAGUUUGGUGGCUGAUUGGCAAACCAAGCAGCCAGAACAGCAGUGCGCCACUGUGGGAAAAUUUAGCAAAGCUCGAUUAUCUGAGAAAGUAUACCGUACCUUUUGCGGGUAAUAAGCAGACUUUCCCUGACGUUCUCGGCCAGUCUAUCGCACCUUUACGUACCUACUCCGGUCACUUUCCAUAUGCCGCUCGUCGGUACAACAUUCGCGACGACUGGGCCGGCAGUGGCCGUAAACGGUUUUCAAUGACCUCGUCUUACCUAACUUUCUACGAAGUAGAUGGAUGGUGGGGAAGUGUCUUUGUGCCGCUGCUACCUUGGGACGCACUGUCCACUAGAGCAAUCGGCAGGACAGACAGCUCAUGGGGCCUUCUCAGCACAGCUCUACACGAACGGAGUGGAAUUGCGAGUCCGCUGGCACUGCUUUCUCCCGUACUGUUACUGAGUGCUGCCUUCCGACCUUUCUUCCGCACCCUUACGGGCAGCAUCACGCCUAGACCGGCCUCUCUCUGGCAAAGCUACAUGCGCCAGGUCACCUACGACUCCAGCCCGUCUUUCUCGAUAGCCAUGCGCAACUACCCUCAACCCUUCCACCACCGUCGCUUUUAA